GUGACACGCAGUUGAGUUUUGGUACGUAAAUGGUUUUCUGAUUUUGACUUUUUAUCAAACACUAAACCUGCAAAAUUCAAUCUUCUUCUUCUUCUUCUACACUCAAAAUUUUCAACUUUGUUUCUUCAUUCUUCAACUACUUUCAAUUGUGACGUCUUAUCUUUGACUAAAUUUAACUUCUUUAUAUUGCAGCACCUUCCUCUUCCCAUCAUAAAAUGGGUAUUUGGAAAUCCUGUUUUUUAGGGUUUCUUUCUGUUGCUUUUCUCUUUACAAUUGAUGCUGUUCAGCUGCACCGGAAUCAGCCCACUGAAAGAAUUUCAGGCAGCGCUGGUGAUGUAUUGGAAGAUGAUCCGGUUGGAAGGUUGAAGGUUUUUGUUUAUGAGCUUCCAAGUAAAUAUAAUAAGAAAAUUCUGCAAAAGGACCCAAGAUGCCUCACCCAUAUGUUUGCCGCUGAGAUAUUUAUGCAUCGGUUUCUCAUAUCUAGCGCUGUCCGAACCCUUAAUCCUGAAGAAGCUGAUUGGUUUUAUACUCCUGUCUACACAACCUGUGACUUGACACCAAAUGGCCUCCCUUUACCCUUUAAAUCACCGCGAAUGAUGAGGAGUGCCAUACAGCUUAUUUCUUCUAACUGGCCCUAUUGGAAUCGAACAGAGGGGGCAGAUCAUUUCUUUGUGGUUCCUCAUGACUUUGGGGCAUGUUUUCAUUACCAAGAAGAGAAGGCAAUUGAAAGAGGGAUUCUUCCACUUCUGCAGCGCGCUACCUUGGUUCAAACAUUUGGACAGAGAAAUCACGUGUGCUUGAAAGAGGGCUCAAUUACCAUUCCUCCAUAUGCUCCACCACAGAAAAUGCAUACCCACUUGAUUCCUGAUAAGACUCCCAGGUCCAUUUUUGUAUACUUCCGAGGACUGUUUUAUGAUGUAGGAAAUGACCCUGAAGGUGGAUACUAUGCAAGAGGUGCAAGAGCAGCAGUAUGGGAGAACUUUAAGAACAAUCCAUUAUUUGACAUUUCCACAGAGCAUCCUGCCACAUAUUACGAGGACAUGCAACGAGCUGUGUUUUGCCUAUGCCCACUUGGAUGGGCCCCUUGGAGCCCAAGAUUGGUUGAAGCUGUGGUAUUUGGUUGCAUCCCUGUUAUUAUUGCAGAUGAUAUUGUUCUUCCGUUUGCCGAUGCAAUACCGUGGGAAGAGAUUGGGGUGUUUGUUGAUGAGCAGGAUGUUCCUAAGUUGGAUACCAUACUCACAUCGAUACCUCCAGAAGUUAUACUUAGGAAACAAAGAUUGCUUGCUAAUCCUUCCAUGAAGCAAGCAAUGUUAUUCCCUCAACCUGCACAAGCUGGAGACGCCUUCCAUCAAGUUUUAAAUGGACUUGCACGGAAGUUGCCGCAUGAAAGGAGUGUAUUCUUGAAACCAGGGGAGAAGAGCUUGAAUUGGACUGCUGGCCCUGUGGGUGACCUUAAACCUUGGUAACAGUUGCAAUAGUUUUCUUAUGUAAUUAGGAUUCUUUACAUGUCUUGUCCAGUCCUACCUAAAUGCUCAUAAAUAAGGCUUGGUAACUGAGGUGUCUAUUUUUUUGUUGACAUUGUAAAUUUUGAUAUUUUGACGGAUAAUUCAUUAGAUACUACUCGUAUAAAUCUAAUUUGUAACAUGAUUGCUUUCAUUGUAUGCUUUACCAACUUGUUUCCUGGUCUA